AUGGCCCUCAAACACAAGUCCUGCGCUGGGCGCCUCGGCUCCCCGCCGUGGCUCCUCUACUCCAUCCUCUCCUCUCACUGCAACCCGUUGGUCCCCUGGCGUUGGUAUAAACGCCACCCGCCGUUAAUCCCUCCUCCAUCCUUCACCACCAUGGACUCUCACCACAACCCGGACGCCGUCAUGGCUGAUGAUCAGCUCGUUGCAGGGGACGACACGAUCACCGAUCUUGGUGAUUAUGUGCUUGACGACAUCCCUGAUGGCGCCCUGCCUGAGCUUACCGAGGAGCCCGCUGCUAAGAAGCAGUGUGGUGAAGGGACAUCCUCUGGUCCUGCCGGCCCCAGCACUUCUACUGCCGCGCCGCCGGCGCCUCCGCCGAUGCAGUGCUCCAAUUCCUCCGGCAGCUCCGCGGCUACGGCCCCCUCGUCCUCGCGUCCGUCGGCCCCACCAAGGCCGAGGUCUGCUCCGCCCGCUCGCCCUCAGCCCCCUGCCCAGGAAGCCGCGGCUGAACAGCCUGCGUCCGGCUCUGCUUCUAACCUGGCCCUCUCGGUGCGCUUCCGCCAUCUUCGCCGCCACCGUCCCUUAGUGGGUACUGAGCUCCGAUCCCUGACGCGGGACAUACAGUCGCUGGUGGCCGUAAUGUUUCCGGAGUGCUCUGAGGAAGUCCGGGAGAGCAUCCUCGCCCGGAUCGCAGCCGCCCUUCCCGGCCCGGCGGCCUUCAAUGGCACCGUACCACAGUUUGACGCGGCCUCGGGCGAGCCGCUUCGCCUGCCGCGCAGGUCAUACUUCCGCCACAUCUAUUCCUGGGCCUCGGCUGCUGAUGCCCGCACCUUCCGUGGGCUGUUCGCGAACCCCUUCCUGGUGCGAAUCCACAACAGCCGCCCGAUCGAAGUCAAGAUCCACAUCGAUCCUUACCCUGUCUUCACGGCAGCCAAGGCCCGCAGUGACACGCAUGUGGUGAUUCGGAACGUGCCUCUCGGUGUUCAGGCCGCGAACCUGCGCCAGUCCCUGCUCAACGGCAAAACCGAGGACAAUCUUCCCUGGCUUGCGGACCUUCUGCACUUUCACCGGCUCAAAGACCCCUACGACGGAUCAGCUUACUCUCAGAUGCUUGGCCUUCCCGUCGCGGCUGAAGGAGACCCGACCUUUCAGCGCAUCUCGGCUAUCCUCUGGAUCCCGGAUCAGGUGGAACCUGCCUUCCUCAACAUCACCAGCCACUCGUGCUCUCUGUGCUCCAGUAACCAUCGGCUCGAGGACCAUGCCUGCUUCGCUAUCACCCGACGCAACCGGGUCUCCAACAGGCAGUCCAUCACCGUAUCCGCUCUUCAGGCGGUCAACGGUAACUUUCCCUCCCUUCCCCGGUCUUACCUGGCUUCUCCCUUCUCCCCCCACCUGCUGGUCAUCUCUCCAGCUGAGCUCCCUCUUCCCUUUCAUCACCAGUUUCUGCUACUUCGUUCAUUCUCUGCUAAUCGGUUUCUGGUACUUUCCUUCUCGGCACCGCUGUGCCUGCGCCGCAAGCUCCUCGGCCAGCACGCUGCUUCGGCUGCCUUCAAGAAGGAUCCAGGCCUGCUCCUCAUCGGUCUGGACCUCGAUGUGGAGAUCUGGGCCUGCUCGACCUGCGACUUCGAGUGUGGACUCGCGCUCGACAGUGCGAUGUUCCACCUCAACUCCGAGCAGCACCGCACCAAGCUGCAGGACCCUGCGCUCCUGAACACCACCAAGGACAAGUACGGGGCCUGGAAGGCCGAGACCUUAGUGCAGCACCCCCGCAUCAAGGCUCUUCUGCAGUAG